AUGAAGGGGGGAAGAACACGUCCAUCUUCUAGUUCUUUUAAUUUUACACGUAGGACAGAAUUAAGUGAACAACAACGUUCAGAAAUUCGUGAAGCUUUUGAAUUAUUUGAUAGUGAUUCUACUGGUUAUAUUGAUGUAAAGGGAGAUUUUCAUGAUUUAGUUGAAAUGAAAAUUUUACAAAGGGAUCCACGUGAAGAGAUGUUAAAAGCUUUUAAAUUAUUUGAUGAUGAUAAUACAGGAAAAAUUACUUUUAAAAAUUUGAAGAGAGUUGCUAAAGAACUUGGUGAAAAUAUAGCAGAUGAAGAAAUUCAAGAAAUGAUUGAUGAAGCUGAUAGAGAUGGUGAUGGCGAGAUAAAUCAAGAAGAAUUUAUUAGGAUUAUGAGAAAGACAAAUCUUUUCUAG